AUGUCUGAGGUUUUUCUAAGAGCCAAGGCUGAGGACAACACUCCAAAGGCCAUCAAGGACAAAAAUUGUCCCUACUGUGGCCAGGCGUUCACGUCUUCGUCUCUCGGCCGUCAUCUCGACCUGUACAUCAAGGAGCGCAACCCUAAGAAACGGGACGGCAUUCACAAUGUCGAUGAGAUUCGCCGAAUGCGUGGGGGUAUUACACGGCGCCACCCGAAAGGAUCCUCGAGACGCCGUAAUACGACAACACCGGCUGAGACACCGUCUGCCAUUCCGCACAGGGCCGAUGUCUCGGGCGAUGAGACUUCGAACGCACCAUCACCAGCUGCUGGGAACGUCACAAACGCGUCCAUGGGAACGUCGGCCGCUGACAUCGCCUCCAUGUUUCCAUUAGGAGGCGUGCGCUGGGAGGCUACCGGCGUUAUGAACGAGGUUUUGGUCACUUCCCCAGAUGGAACCGGCGGUGCCAACGGCGGUCACGGUGGGGAAGUAUCCGGGUCUAUAGCCGACUCUAGCACCAGAGGCUUCGACCCUAAUCGUCGUCCGAUAGCCUCACGGGUCAUGGGCAAGCAAACUGCCGAAGCUCAACUAGAUUCGAAACAGAAGAUGCAAGACGCCUUAGACGAUGCGCGAGCCGCAGAACUCGCACUGAGAGAAUUCACAAAUGCUUGGCGGGCGGCAAAGUAA